CGGCGCACUAUCGGGUGCGCUCGUUCUAUCGUCGUUUUUCGCAAAUCGGCCAGCUGAUCGCCUGUUGUUAUUAUCUUUCUGCAAUGUUAUCCGUGCUAUUGAUACUGCUACCGUUUUCAUGCAGUGUCAACAAUAACCAACUCACCAACAAAACAGACUUUAGUCGAGACGUGGAACAGUAUACAUGCUCUAAUUUUUGGUGGUGUGCCAUUAAUGCUUGAGUGUAAUUCGGGAUAAGAUUGUGGAAGCAUAUCUCUUAUUGUUAAGAGACGCCGCCAAUUCUUAAUAGAUGCACAGCCAUAUUUACAGUGAGACGAGCGGAGAGUGUGUUUUACUAUAGCAUCGCCGGGGGAUAGAUGAAUAUCACACUACGCAAGUUCAGUCGUACCGCACAUCCAUGACAUAUUUUGUCUCCUGGAGAACAUAAACCUUCCGUCAGCCUAUACUGUUUUCUUAACGGAAUUCAUAACACUGACGUACUCCAAACGCCUGUAUUGCGACAUUGCAAACAGAAAAACAUCUUCACGCUUAUAUGCUUAUUGUCAAAGAGGGCGACAGACAUGAAUGUGACAACUUCGCUUCCUGGCAUGAUGGCCAAUGUUUCCACAACACCGCUGGAGGCUCGACUGCAAUCGGUUUCAACAGAGGGCGUUUCUCACGAGGGGGAGAGGACACCGGCGUCUAUUAUUUCCAAACUAACGACUUUGGUCACAGAAUCUUUAGGUAAUGAUACUCUUCACCUGAACUCAUCGUCAUCGUAUAGACCGGGUAACUGGAGUUCCCCGGUUAAUGCGACUCAGAUUCCGACAGAAGAUAAUGAUAAUGGCAUCAAACGCCUGAUCGUCAUCCUCACCAACAUCUUCGUCGUCGUCGCCAUCGUCGCCACAUGUUUCCUCGCCUUUCAACAUCGCCGAUGGGAGGAGAGUGUAAGACAAGAACGGGAGAAAGGCCUCCUCUGCAAAUAUGACAUCGUUGACAUUGAAGAGGAAGAGGAGAUCUGCGAAGACUACGAGAUCUUCGACAAGUAGAUCGUCGUCGUCGCCAUCGUCGUCACCUGUUUCCUCGCCUUUCAACAUCGCCGAUGGGAGGAGAGUGUAAGACGAAAACGGGAGAAAGAGCCCAUCUGCAAUAUGACAUCGUUGACAUAGAGGAAGAAGGAGAGGAGAUCGGCGAAGACUACGAAAUCUUCGAAAAGUUGAUCGACUCUAGAGACUAUUUGAUAGAAUUCAAAAGGAAUCGAUUUAGGGAGUCGGGAAUUUAAUUUAUGCAGAGUCUUAUUUCUUUUUUUGCUAGUACUAGUUUAGGGUAUACGCUUGUUCACAGGUGAAUUUAAAUGGGUUUAUAUUCUACUGGGUCUAUAAAGCUGAGUUGAACGUGCACAUGUCAAAACUCUCUUUUUCAAAACGCUAUGGUUUUAUGACAUCUACAAAAUCUAUGACACGGCGAUCGCUCGACGGCAUCUUCUAAUGAUCGAAAGAACUGGUGGUUAAAUUGCGUUUGCCAUUACAUGUCGCCAAGAUGGUUAAAAUAAUUAGGAAUUUCGUUUUUAUAAAUGUACAACGAGAGGAUCUCUCAACCGGCAUCUUCUAGUGGUCGAAAGAACUGGUGGCUGACUUCAGUUUGCCAGUACAUGUCAUCAGGAUGGUUUAAGUAGUUAGGAAUUUCGUUUUUAUAAAUCUACGACCCGGCGAUCGCUUAAUGGUAUUUUCUGGUGAUUUAAAAACUAUCUGCAGCUUGCCAAUCGACCUACUUGUGUGAGGAAGGUGACUGAACCAUAAAUAUCGAAACUGUCAGAGAUAAUUUGGACGUGUCGUCGAAUUAAUAGCUAAAGAUUUGAGAGAUUAUUUGUACGGACUUGGCAUGUAUAAAAUUAGAGGUUUUGACUGAAGCGAGACAAGGAAGUGGAUGUUUAAAAGCCAGCUAUACGAUGUCAUAGACUCGACCAAUGGGGUUCGGUUACUACCAAUUUGUUUCCGCUGCCAGAACCCCAGUCACAGCCUUCGAGAUCGACUCGAGACCGACCACAGACCUAACAAACAGUUACAUUACCCCCAAAUGCCAAAGAGUUUGUCGGUAUUUUUCCAUCGGUGUUGAGUCGGUUUGGCGCUGUUAAUUGAGAUAUAAAAACAAAGACAUGGGGAAAGAGAUAGCGGGGAAAAAAAGGCGGGAAAGAGAUGACGGGAAAGAGAUGGCGGGGAAGUUUCGCCAUUAAAACAAUUUUCUGAUGAAAUCCUACAACUAAUACCAGAAUAUUGUACAUUACGAAAGAAAAUUCAGGUAUUGUAGUAAUUGCUUUCCGCAUUCCAAAUAUAUUUUAAUAUGUAGACCUAUUCAGAUCAUACAGGUAUCAAAUUUUCAUUGUAUUAAGUAUUAAAGGUACAUCAUAAAGGUGCUGGGUAAAUCUUACAGUAUCUACAAUGUAAUCUCCAUGAGUUAUUCCAAUUUUUGAUUUUGUUAUAUAUACAAUAUAAUUUGAAAAUCUAUUUCACUAAUUUAUUUGUACAAACAGGUUACAAACGUCAAUACGUGUGUAUUGUGUGUACGCAGAUAAACCCUACAUAUAACGAAUACUUGCCACGAUUGUCCUUGAGAUUCAGUAUUAAUUUCUUUUUUCAUUUAAAAAAAGAAAGAAAGAAAAGGUAAACAGAAAGAAUGCAGAAAAGAAAGUGAAAUGUUGGUCUUUCAGAGUAUUGUAAUUGCAAUUUGUUCAUAAACGCUGCUAAUCAAUUAAUUUACUGUAAAAAAGAUAUUCAUAAUCUAUUUGACUUGUACAUACACAAUAAAUGAUUUAUUAUGCUAUUAACAAA